AAAAUCGCGACGGCGAGUUUCUCAACGUUGGGCCAAUUUUGGGCCCUGGGACCGUCCUGGCUCUGCUGUCCACAACUCGAGAGAGCUUCAUCUCCCAGUGAGACACCGAGACGAUCAGGGCUGAGACAUCGGACUCGCCAGCGCGAUCGCAGCUGCUGUGGCGUCGGACGUGCGGGUCGGUAGCCCUGGUGCUCGGGGGCCGCAGCCGGAACCCGGGGCGGGCCGUCGCGCGCCCGCAGGAGCCUGUUGCUGCCAUGGCACGCGAGGUGGAGCUCAACGAUGUCGAGCCGCGCAUCGUCGGCGCGUCCGACCCGGGCCCCAGCCGAGCCGGCCUGCGCCAGCGCAACAGCCCGCCCGUCUCCAGCGCGACGGGCUCGGACGACGAGGAGUUCCUGCCCGGCCCGGUGGAGAUGCCGAGCGCGCAGGAGCGGCGCUGGAGCCUGUGCCUCGCGGCGUGCUCGGGCGUGGACGUGGUGAUGAGCGCCGUCAUCGCCGCAGUCGCCCUGGGCUACGGGUACAAGGACAGCGGGGUGUCCCUCUACUGCCUCGCAGUGCAGUCCAUAUCCCACUGGAUCUCCUCGCUGACGCUCGCCCUGCGCUUCCUGUCGGAGGGCACCGUGGCCGACACCAGUACCGCCAGCGCGGCGGAGGCAGCCGAGGUGUUGCUGAGAACGACGCGCAGAAAACAGCUGCACCGGGAGCAGGCUCUCAACGUCACCAUGGGGUGCGUUAUGCUGAUCAGCGCGGCUGGCCUGCUGUUCAAGGCUGCACGCAAGUUCAAGUUCUGGAACAAGUGGUAUUUGGACCACGCGGAGUUUGACAGGGAGGCCCAGUUCGUCAUGGAGUUCCUUGCUUGGUAUGGCUUCUCCGUGUACGUGUUGACCGCGGUGAUCCGCCUGGUGUUCGCGCGCAAGUUGAGGAGGCAGCUGAUCUGGCACGGCUUCGUUGUUUCGGUGAUCAGCCUGACCUUCCUCUUCGUCCUCGGAGUCGGCGCCUCCUACCAGAAGGAGUGGUCCUGGAAGGCGGAGCCCAUCGCCGCGAUGGUGCUCUGCGUGGUCUCCCUCGUCGAGGGGGUUCGGGUCAUCAUCAUGCACCUGGACGACAUGGACACGCGCAUGCGCUUCGACCCCCGCGCCUGACGUGAGGGGGGGCAUGCGCUCUCCCCGCCUGCGGCGCGGGGCACAGGAGGCGCCCUCGCCCAGAAGCCGCCCGCGACGGACGGCGCGGCGUGCCGGGAAACGGCGAAGGUCGCCCGAAGGCCUCGAUCCUCCAGCGUCUGGGCUCUCCAGCAGCAAGCAGCUCAUGAGGGCCCUGCGUGUCCUCGCAGUUCCGUCUCCAGAGAGCGCCAGCGCCUCGUACUCUCCGUGAGGGCGCGAGUUCAGCGUCGAUGUGGCGUCGAUCUAGCGUCGAUCUAGCGUCGAUAGGCGUCGGCCAGCGUCGGUUCGCAAGGGCCGGCCAGAUGACAGUGGGAGGCUCCCGGGAGUCGCCGCGGAAGGGUUCUCACUGCGCGCCGCUGGUGCUCUCGCCGCCCGCCGUUGCCAGUGCCGUCCGCCGCCGCAGAGGCCCGCCGUGGAGCCUCGCGGGGACCUGCGGGGAGCUCCAGAGACCAGCAUGCUCGGAUUGCCGCUUGAGGCGACGAGCCUGUCGGCACAGAAACGCAG